AUGCCACUGAGGAUUGCUGGCAGCGACAUAGCAGGUGUGUACGAUCCACUUGGCAGUGAUCGAAGGUUGCAGAACCCACAACGAGACCCAAAUGAUAUGCUCCUAUUCUUCAUUCCAUUUGGGAUUGUGUUGUUCACGUCGCUGGUGCUGGAAAUGGUGGCAAUAAUUUACUCCAGAAGGCUUGCAGCACUUCAACGGGCCGCUGAGGCUGCAACCGCUCCUAAGAGAGAAGCUGUCACGGAAGUGGAAGGAGAAGAGACCACAAAUUUGUCAGAAAGAAGUGCGUUGGAUGCUGAUCCGAAUGAUCCGUUUUUCAAAAAUUGA